GACCCAGACACCCCCAGCAAAGCCAUGGAGAAAAUCGAUAUUUUUCCCCUCUCCCACACCAACAAUUCACCGAGGAAAUUUCUUAGUGGCGUCCCCUGGUGUCCGGCCCCCAGCUCUAUUUCCCAGGACUUGCCUUUCACCUCCAAGUAGAGUCUGUGAGGCAUCAUAGGAGACGUCGGGUGGGACUGGUAACAUCCAUCAUCAUCCCCAUCCUCCACACCAAAAAGGGGCCUGGGAAUGUCAGGCUCUGACUCAGGCUCCUCGUAUCUGGUGAUGAACAGUGUUGAUGCAUCAUCUUUACGCGGAUGGCGUGUGGCGCUGGCAGGGGGACAGGAGCUGGUGAUGAAUAGCGUGGAGGCUGCGGGGCUAACCAGCGUGACAAGUGAAACAACAGUCGAGCCACUGGAUGACACGGGAGGGGGCGGAGGCGUCGGGGACAGUGUGGGCACUCAGAUCACCAGCGACGAUGACGACGAUGAUGUUCCAUCGUCGCCUGGGAGCUUUGGGGAGGACGAGGGGUCUAUGCCGAUUGCUGAUGACGUGACCGCCCAGUUAGCGGCGGCAGGUGGGUGGGCAGGUCCUGUUGGCGUGGCUGCUGCUGCUGCAAUAACCUCGGCUAAGAAACGUAAGAGGCAUCACUGCUUUGAGCUCAAUCCGUCUAUACGCAAGCGGCAGAAGACAAGACUCCUGCGGAAAUUGAAGGCAACGAUUGACGAGUAUUCGACGCGUGUUGGUCAGCAGGCAGUGGUGGUGGUAGCGACACCCAGCAAGUCUGGUGGCAAUGACUUCAAGUGUUUUGGUGCCAAGCCCUUGGAAGAUGUGAUGAAGACGCUGAGACAGAUGCUGAUGACGGAGCUGGAGAAUGCCUUGGCCCAGCAGGCACCCCCGCCCCCCCAGGAUGACCCGUCUUUGCAUGAACUGCCUCCGCUGAUCAUUGAUGGCAUCCCAACCCCGGUGGAGAAGAUGACCCAGGCACAACUGAGAGCCUUCAUCCCCCUCAUGCUGAAGUACUCCACUGGGAGAGGGAAGCCAGGCUGGGGUAAGGAGUCGACAAGACCCCCGUGGUGGCCAAAGGACGUCCCAUGGGCCAAUGUGAGGAUGGACGCGCGAUCUGAGGACCAGAAACACAAGGUGUCGUGGACCACAGCGCUGCGUCAAAUCGUCAUCAACUGUUACAAGUUCCACGGGAGGGACGACCUCCUGCCAGUGUUCACGGAGGAGGAUGACAAGAGUCAGGUGGGAGAGCAGAUCAUUAGCCAGACGAACUCAGUGUACUCAGGACAAGUGGUGCAGACGAUAAGUAACCCGGACGGAACUGUCUCCAUCGUGCAGGUCGACCCAAGUAACCCCGUGAUCCAGCUUCCUGACGGCACAACAGCACAUGUCCAGGGAAUAGCGACCAUUGCAACACAGAAUGGAGAAUCACUGGACGGAGAGAGUGGUGGCUCGGCCGGCUCCGUGGCCAUCGACCUCAACCCGGUGUCGGAGGGAACGCUGGCGCACGAGGGGACCAUUCUACUCACUGGGGAGGAUGGGUCGCAGAUUCCAGUCAACGUGUCUGGGUCGUAUCCAGUGUCCGGCAUGAUCACCGUGCCACUACCCGUGUACCAGACUGUGGUUGCCAACAUUCAGGGACAGGAUGGUCAGCCCCUGCAGGUGGUGACACCCCUGGUACAGGUCCCCAAGCUGGAGCCAGGGCUGGAGGGGGGGGUGGAGGUGUCCGCGGGCCUUAACGCUUCCCUCAAUGCCUCUACUAUCAUUUCCUCAGGCCAGGCACAAGUACAGCCAUUAAAGAUCGUUAAGCCCAGGACUCUGAGUUCAGUUUCCUUCAAAGAAGAUGAUGACGACGACGGGAGUGUGGAUAUGGUAGACAAGGAAUGAUAAGGGUAGUUUGAGGUCGGUGGCAGUCUAACCCCCACCCACCUGCCUCCCUGCCCCCCCCCCCACUCCCUGUCAGCAGAGGGUAGGAAAUGCACCAGCUACACCCUACCCUUGUACCCUCACCCACAUUUGUCUUUCUUAUCAUCUCAGCUUAUCACCAAAGACUAGGGGAGGACGUCAUCAUGUCUUAUUUCUUUGUGUUUUUUGGUGUUUUUUUUACACUCUCCUGUUCUUCAGUUCCUUCAGUGCUCUAGGGACAGUCGGCAUUGUGUCAAGCUAGUUAUUUUCUCUGUGUUUAUGAUUGGCAAUGCAGUCCUUAUCCAAGAACGUCCUCACGGUGACCAGUCCCUCCCCUAGGGCCAGAAUGGAACUGUACUGGGUCAGGAUGUCUCUUAGAGGCCGCAGAAUCGACUCUAUUUUUAUAUGGAGGUGAAAUAAUGGUGUAAUAGUGGUGAAAUUCAAGUGUGUGUUGGGUGGAUGUGUGUCUUUUUUUCCACUCCACUGUCUGGUUUGUUUUAAUUUGUUUUAAUGCGGCGUAUGGUGACGUGCUCUUCCCGGUACGGUUCACAUUCUGUCAGUUUUGUCGAGUGUAAUAUAAUGAAUGAAAUGUCUGAAGGGAGAGUAGAUUUGAUACUUGCUUCUCCUUCUUGGAACAAAACAAAAAUGAUUGUGAAGUGUACAUACGUUGAUUCACAAGAUGAUGAUAUUGGCCCUUUGUUUUUUUAAGUUAUGAUUUCCUCCCCACCCUGUAGCCCCUUCCACCCAGAGUUAUGAAACUGCUAUGGCUAGGAGAGUCUGUAUGGAGUAAUUAUUCAUGUUCAGAGUAAUAUAUUCAGUCAGGGUCAGGUUCCAGGAAAGAGGCAAUAAAGUAGAAGAGUUUUGCGUGAACUCUACUGCGAACUUGUGCAAUUACGUCUUCUGUUUUCUCCUUCAUCAGCCUAUUUUUAGUGUUAAUUAUUUAUUGAAGACCUCACCUCACCUUUCAUUUUUCUCUUCAAGCCUUCCUUCCUUCCUGUCCUGACUAAUUUUAGAUUAUAUGAAGUUAAUGUAGUAAGCUUGGUCUGUGUCAACCAAACAUUGUGUUAAGGAGAGCUGCUCUCUGUACCUCAGCAAGGAUAUGUGCAGUGGGGUUAGAAGUUGUCUAGCACGCACACACACACACACACACACACACACACACACACACACACACACACACACACACACACACACACACACACACACACACACACACACACACACACACACACACACACACACACACACACACACACAACUCAGGUUGUAAGGAGUUUCGCAAGGGAAGCUUCUUAGGGGAUGCUGCUUCUGAUGCUGUGUGUUGAGCUCCUGUGUGGCUGUCAGGUUACCAGUUGUGUUGCCUUGAAAUGAAGGUGUUUGUUCCUGGAAGGUCUUAGUUGCUGUAAUCAGAUAAAUGUUGAUGUUCACUCACUCACUCAUGUGCAAAUCACUCGGCACUUUAGUGUGGUUGUUUGGGUCCUGCUUCAGAUUGAGACACACACCUUACCAGCAGUGUGUUCUUGGCACCUCUUUGUUUUAUGAUGUGCUGGAUGUGAAAGUCUCAUCAUAUUGACUUAAGGAAUGCCUUGAGACACAUACAUUACCAGCAGUGUGUUCUUGGCACCUCUUUGUCUUAUGACGUGCUGGAUGUGAGUCAUUUUGACAGCAACGUUUCAGCAUUUCCGUACCGUUGUCACUGCCAUUCGGUCUUGUCAAGUUAGUGUUCCUUUGCUGGGGAAGGCAAGGCAAGGGAGUCACAGGUAGCAUCUGAAAGUACUCCCUUUCUGCAGUGAGAAUGUUACCAGUGUUCAUCAUAGCAUUCCUUGCCUCCACUGCAUCAGAAAGUUAUCCAUUGGUGUGUGGAAGAAUGCUCCACUACUGCAGAAGAGGAAGGCAGUGGGAAUGUUAUCAAUGCUCAUCUCACAUCACCACUACCACUGCUCUUUCUUCGCAUUCCUUGCCUCCACAGCAUCAGAAAAUCAUCCAUGGGUGUGUGGAAGAGUGCUCUUGUUUGUUUGUGUGGAGACAUAACCAUAAUGAAUUGACCACCACUGCUGCCCACCUCUUGAACAGUGAUGAGUGUCUUGACAUUUCUGAGACAUGAUCACUCGUUGUCUUGUGAGUGAGAGUGGAGAGGAGUCUUGAGAUGAGCCUGAACUGUGCAUCUCAUGUGAGUAGCCUUGUUCUUGUUGACUCUGUAUAUGAUGUUAUUCUCCUGAUCCUCCUGUGUGUGUGUGCAUUAGAAUGGUAAAACUGGAGCACCAAACCUGCCAAACACAGAUGCAGCCUAUUAGUAAAUGCAGACAGGGUGUGGCAUCAGGCUUGGUAAUGUUGCUUUUGUUGUUGUAGUCGCUGGGAGAUGGUAAUGCAUAGUUACUUCCACCAGUUCUCCAACAGCUUAGACAGACCAAGGCUAGAGUGUGCAUUCAACAGCUCAGUUAACACAAAGGGAAAGAUAGAGUGUGUGGGAGGUAACUGUGUUUUGUUUUUCAUGAAGCUAGACACAACUUGCAGUGAAGGAACUAAUUUACUGGUUCCUUAGCAGACUGACUGGUAGUAGGAAUCUGCAGUGGAAAUUGUCUCAGUUCACAGGAAGUCAGAUGGGAAUCCUUGGUGGUUCAAAUUUUUACUUGCAUUUAUUUAUUCCGCUAUAAAUAUAUCAGUAUUACUUGUUCGUACAUAUUUUCACGGUCUUUCAGUAAUGUUAUGUAUUAAAAGGAAAAAGACACGUUUCUUUUUGUAUUGUAUAGUAUUUCUGGACUAGGCAGGCAAGGAGUGUAAAGAACAACUUGACAAAAGGAGACUCAUCUACAAAGACAAAGUGAAUCUUGCAUAUCAUUCAUCACAAAUUGAAUGAAGAACCAGCUCCAUUUAAUACAUUAGGAGAAAGGUACAAUUUGACAGAAUGGUUUAAUGGAAGAUGAGUUACCAAUGUAGUGUGUGGGAUGCAAGAGGCUAUACAAAACUAAACCUUCGUACCAAUGAUAGCAAAUAUUAUCAAAUGGAGUGAGUUUUAUUAAGAUACAUUACUUUUGAUUGUUAGUUGUGUGAAUGACCGAACUGAUUAGUGUGUCAUAAUAUGUAAGAGGUUGUUUCUUCUGCAAUGGAGUUUUCGUGUCAUUGUGUGUGGACAUGACUAAAGUGUUAUUGUCUGAUCUGUGACACAACAGAGUGUGCACAUGACAUCUCUAAACUUUGGAUAUGAAUAGGAUGAGUGUUGGAAGAAAGCUUUAUGAUUACUGAUAUUUUGUUCUCAUUAUAUCUUGUGAUUUAUGUCUUGGUGUCACCCUUUCUUGAUUUCUCUUUUUCACACACUUCGAGUUUUCUCGUAAAUUGUGACCAAAUGAUAUAUUCCCUAAGUUAAUUUGCCGUAAGACUAAAAAGUUACCAAGGUUGCAGUUUAUGAAAUGAUCCACUGUAUAUAUGGUAAUGAUUUUCUCUGUGUGGACAACUGUGUGAACCGACAAUCGCAUGCCAUGAAUGAACUUAUGGCAGAUAGUCUUGCUAUUGAGAGAGAGAGAGAAGGAUCCCAUCAGAAGUGGUGGUCAAGUGAUUUUCUGUGAUUGAGAAAUAAGAAAGUACCAGCUGCUCUCAUUAAUAUCGUCUGCCUUUGCUCUUUGCUCUCCAUCUUCCUGCAAUAUCAGUGAAUUCUGUACAUUUUCUCUGAUUUACACCCUGCAACAUCACAGAAUUGGCUAAUUUUUUUCAAUGAUUUGAGGAAUUUUCCCUAAAGGCACUUCAGAAUCUCAAUGUUUUUAAGUCACAUUCUUCCUCAUCAUGGAAAGAACAGAGAUGAUCCGUGGACUUGAAGAGUGCGAGUCACUGUCCAGUCACUAAGUCUAGAACAAGCAAUUAUGGCUGUGAUAAUCUAACAUAGUAUUGUGCCAGUAUAGAGCUGCUGGUCGGGUCUUUCCGGAGGCAGGCUGGAGAGAUGCAGGUCCUCUAAGUACAGAUGUCACCAGAAACCAUUGGAAGCAGCACCUCCGCAUCCCUUCAUCCACCUCUCAAUAGUAACAUUGCUCUCUUCUAGCGAAAAAUAGAAAAUAAUUUUGCACUAACAGGUGAAAGAAAAAUCAUUGUUACCAGACCAAUUGUAAGACGUUUUGGAUGCUCCCCAUUUCUCCCUCUCUUUCUCCUUACGAGUGACGGGACCUCUGAGAACCCUGUGUGUUUACCGAGACAUUGAGGUACUUGAGGGUGUCGUCCUCCUGUGUUUGGUGUUACUGUUGGAGUGUUCAGGGUUCGUUGUUGCCAAAGCUGUUAGGAAGCUCUCCCAUAAAGAAAGAUGUGUGUGUGAGCAUAGGCACUUAGUUCUUGUUGGAGAUAUUUGUUGUCAGUAGCAGUAGGUUGUUUUUAGUGGGAGUGCCGUAGAGUUGGAAGUGUGUGGCCACUGAUUAUGUACAAGGUUUAUCAGUUUGGAUGCUUUAAUUGCUUAGAAGUGUUGUUGCUUUGUAUAGACAGCACUGAUCAUGUUAUAGAAAACUUUAUUUAUUCAUUUAUUUAUUUAUUUAUUUUUUUAUUUAUUUUUUAUCAUCCCUGAGGCAACUUGUAAUAAGAAAAGUGGAAGAAAGAAAUGUAGAAGUUUUCAGCAAAGUCUGAUGUCAAAUUUCAAUACGUGAUAGAAUUUCUGUAUGCCAUUAGUUGCAGAGAUUAAUUUUCUUCGUUUAGGAAAGAAUCUAGAUAUGUCAAUAUUUAAAAGCUUAUACUGGAAAUUACAGAUGAAAAAAGAUGUGAAAUAGAUAAAAUACUUUCUUUGUCCUCUCCAGGGUGAAGCGGAGAGAGAGAGAGAGAGAGAGAGAGAGAGAGAGAGAGAGUUGGGGGGGAGUUGUGGAGAGAAGAGAAGAGUUGAAAAGCUGAUGCUUCUACCAGUAAUGACCAUAAGCUAGUCGAGUGUUGGUAUUGCAGGGGACAGGUGAUGUGUGUGUGUAGCAGGGGUGAAGAGAGAGCCUUUCAGUGUAUGUAGAAUGAGUAGAAAGAGCAGAGGUAACCCAGCGUUAAGUCUUUCAAGUCUUUCACCAUUAGAGUUGCAAACCGUUGCCAGAAGGCAUCUUGUCACAGUGCAUCUUGAAUUGUGGCAUGAGGGUUUUGUCUAUUUGGUUCAGUUGAUGAUGGAAUUGUGAGGCUAAGGUGUGUGGUGCCAUCCAGGAACCUUUGUGUGUGUUGACCUCUUAGUUAUGAGAUAUAGAUCUGUAAUAACAAACGGUGAAAGAAUGAAGGAAGUAGAGUAAGAUGUACGGAAGAUUACCAAGACGAAGCAAAGAGAGAGUUAUAAGAACAUGACAGAGAUUGGAACACAGGAAAGAAUAGAGCGGAGAAAUGAUAAAAAGCAAUAAAAAAUAGAGUAAUAAAUAAAAACAAUGUGGAAUGAGGGGAAUGCUCUUUUUCCACCCAGUAAAGAGAGAGAGGAGGUGUGACAGAGAGCGAGGGACUGGGGUGUGAUUACAGGGAGUGUUACCUUUAUUUAUAUCCUUGUGUGGUAAUAAAUAAAAACUAUGGCAAGUGGAGGAGGUCUCAGUCCUGGUACAAGGUGCCAGAUGUAGAUAUAAAGUAGUGAAACAUAAUGGUACAAAACAAGACAUGUGGGAAUCAUAACCCUCUUGUCAUCUUGUUAUUAUUAUCAUUAUUAUUAUUAUCAUUAUUAUCACCAUCAUUAUUAAUUAUCUCUUUAUUAAAAUCAUUGCUAUCACAACUUUCCUCUUUUUAAUUUAGCAUAUUGAUCAUAUUUUUAUACACCGAUAGAAGUAGACCAUUCAUUUGUCACGUCAUUGGUCAUCCAUGCCUCAGCCCACCGCACCCUUCACUGCUUCAUUGGCACCCCAAAUGUGUCACCAAGAAUCAAGAACUGCUGCGGUCGUGACAAAAUUCCCUUAGUUGAUAUGCAUGUAAUGCAACAUGUAAUGGGACAUUUUCUAUAUGAUAUCCCUUACAGAAAUUUUGAGGAGCAAGUCAAUUUCUCACUUAAUUUCUGCUAAUUUAAGAUAGCCUUGAUCUAUAUAAUGCUGUUUCCCACAAUUUUACCAAUACAAGACGGCUAUAAUCUUCUAUAUAAUGCCAUCUGACUUAUGAAUAAUGGCACUAAAUUCUGUAUUGCAUUCAAAGUAAAGUCACACUGUGUGAAAUGCAGGCAAACUUUAACACUCAUAGGUUUUUCUAUCACAUUUGAAAAAAUAGCACUAUUUUCAAGACAACUUGUAUCAGCAGGCCAAAGCAGCACAUUUAGUGUUCCUUCAGUAGAGGAAAAUGAACCGCCUCCUAUCACACCCUGCCAGCAAGUCUGUUAUUGGGUCUGAGUAUUUAUUUCCCCCUGCCAACGCUGCACAUAAUGCUUUAGAUGCCUUCACAUGAGAACCAUCAUUUCAGACACUCAUUGAAUCAUUGUCAAACAUUUCAAAAGCAUUUACUUUCAUUUCUUUCCUUUCCUGAGUCCUUGUUAUGUGUGAGUUUUGUUUUAUUAAUUUUAUCUUUCAGAGAAAUAUGUACAAACCAAUGUUACUAGGGGUCGCAUCCCGCCAUGUUAAAUAUUAAGGUGUCAUAAGCUGCUAUACACAUAGUAGUUCUCCGAUCGGUAAUGUUUCUCACUAUAUCAAAAUUUUCUGAGUAUAAAUUCCGUGCUGUGUGAGAUCGGAGGUAGAGUGUUAUGUGUUAACAGUGUGUCGUCAGAUGGUAGUUUAGUUAAGUAAUGUAAAAUGAUGAAAAAAAAAAAAGAAAAAAACUUAAUUUAUAAACACUGUCCCUGCAUAAAUGACUUCUACAAGUGGUAUUUCUUUAUUGUUUCUUGAUUGUUUUUGCCUGGUGCAGUGUUGACAGUUGUUCCUCACGGUGACUGGUCCCCCAGGCUCCUCUUAGUGGCCCAAACUGUGGUGAGAAUGUGCAUCCAACACUUGAAAAACAGGCCACACCUUAGCUAAGUGGCUUCUUGUGUGUAAAGGUUUUAUUUCUGAGUGUUACCAAUGAUGUGAACCAGAUUUUUGCUUCUAAUGGAAUUGUGUCUAAUGUAUUUGUCAGUGUAUCAAAUCUGAAAGUCCUGUUUUGAUAUAUGUAUAUGUAAGUCUUGUUUUAUUACUGAAACAAGAUGCUAAGGUGGCAAUUAUAUUAUUUGUUCUGUAUGUUAGGAAUGAAAAAAUACAGAAAUGUUUUAUUUUUAUAAAUUUAUCAACAUGCAAGUAAAAUUAUAUUUCAAGAAAUGGUUUUGCAAAGAUUCAUCCAGGAAUUCACUUUAGUGUUUCUUUGACUGACAAAGUAAUAAUUAAUGUUUAGGAGUUGAGACCUGUGUGUUUCCUUGGUGAUGUUUAGCACACUAGACUCAGUGGAUAGCACACAUUGGUUGAUUUUUUGUAUUGUAUCCAAAUGUGACCUUCCUUCAAUAUACACUAUUUAAAUGAUGCCUUCCUUCCCUCCCUUCACCCUCUUCCUUCCCCUCCACCCACUGUCAGGGAGAGAGAGAGGCAACAAGUGAGCUUUCAUUGUGACUCAACCAAGACUGACUCAAGGUUCAGACUGACUUGACUGCAAAACACUUAACUCGCCACUGUCCUGAAAGUUGUGUUGGUUUUGGGACUCACCAGUGACUUCUGACUUCCUCGGGAUGGCCUGGGGGACUUGCACUAGCGCGGGAUUCUGAAAAUGGCUUUAAUUGUCGCAGGUGUUUUAAUAUAACAUUCCUUGAUAUUUUUUUCCCUCUAUCAUUUCCUUUCAUCCUCAGAGAAACAGUUCCAUCUUCUUCUUCUUCCUCUUGUCUGUCACUUAAGUGCAGUGCAGUGAGUUGCUAGUUCACUCCUCAAUUUUGUGUCGAUUUCUAUUUAUUUUAACCUGGAAAUGAAGCUAAGACUUGUGCAUUUCAUAAUUCUUCUUGUGAUUUGCAGAAUAAAAUAUGGAUGGGGAGCAGACACCAUGAGCUGACAACUCACUGUUUACUUUUGGUUUGCUGCACGAAGGCAAGUGUAGUGUUAGCGUUAGUGGUUGUUAUCUUGCAGCGAUUAGGUUCCUCGCGUGUGUCGCCCCUGGGUUUGUGUUGGUAGUUGCGCCGCCGCCGCUGCCGCCGGUGCAGUAGGGUAGAGGGUAGCAGGCCAGAGAGUCUAGGGUAGUUACAAAUUCAUCUCGGUGCCAAACAAAUCCCUUGUAUUUAGGUUUGUGUCCUUUGUGCAACUUUUUUUUUUUCUUUAUUUUUAUUAUUAUCAUUAUUAUCAUUAUUACAUUACUGCUACUAUUUCUACUACUACUACUACUACUACUACUACUACUACUACUACUACUACUACUACUACUACUACUACUACUACUACCACUACAACUACUACUACUACUACUACUACUGCUACUACUACUACUACUACUACUACUACUACUACUACUACUACUACAUACAUGUUUUCUUUGUAUUUACAGCAUGCCAGGAAAUUUUUCUCAGACUAAUUCAGUGUACAAUGUUGUUGAUACUUUUAUGGCGAGCACAAAUAGUGUAUGUAGGCUUACGUCAGAGUAUUUGUUAUUACUAUCUAAGGGACUACAGUAAGUGGGUGUUGAGUGGCCAAUACCGAUGCUCCUCCUCGCAGUUUUACAAUAUUGAAUCUGAAAAAAGCUAUCUAGAAUUUUAAACUGCUUGAGAUGUGAGGAGCUUGGAGGUUGUGAGCUUAAAAAUUGACCUUGUGUAUUUAUCUAGCAUAUUUCUGAGAUCUCCAGGCGGAUAAUGUUGCUCCCAUUAACUUGUAUAACCAGUGAUGUGGGGCAUUUUGAGCUAUUUGAUAGUUGAAUGCUUCCCCAGCUCUGUUUUAUAUAUUGCUUCAGAUGGUUGACCAAUAAGAUAUAACCCUACAAACGUUACCAGCUGAUGAAUAUAUACAUAGGUGUUUGAGGCAUUCACAAGCACCGUCAGUUGCCAAAAUGCAUUGAUACUCAUGUGCUUAUUUUGUGAAACACUGGAGAAUGUUGCCCUUGGGAAAAGUGGCACAUUUAAUGGUAGUCUUGGCUUCAUGUAGCACCAAUUAACAAGUAACCACAAAGUAUGAGCAGUAAUUUAAAGCCACUGCAAGGCACUAGCUUGUGAUGAGCCCGUAAAAAGCAGGAGCAUCAGUUUUGAGCCACCAGGAGAAGGCUGUGGUGAGGGGCGUGCAGCACCCAGCAAUGCACACCCAGAGACAGAGAGAGUCUCCUGCCCAGCUCAAGACACUGUGUGGUUUCCUCUGUGUGUGAGUCUAAAUGUUGCAGGUGUUAUACUUUAGCAAUGAAAAAAGGAGAAAAGAGUUGAUAAAAGUGUAUUCUUGCAUCAUUUAUGUUGAAUAUUGUUCUUAGUGUCGCUGUGAAAAACUGGAAAUACUACAUGUUAGGAAUGUCUUGAAUAUUCUGACUGUACUUAAAAAAAGAAUAUUUUUUAGCCACAAUUGUGUUCCAUAAUUAAAAAAAAAAGGAACAAAAAAAUAUGAGAGAGCCAUAGGCUGAGCUCAUUAGAAUAAACUGCAAUGUAUGGUGUCCUCUUUGUAUAUUUUGUGUAAUUUAUUGUCAAAUGUACAUAAAAAGAUGAUAGAUG